GUGGUCAUUGGUUGCGGAGAGGGAGGAAAACGUGCCGUCGCAAUCGCCUUUCUUCUCCGCUGCUCGAACAUCCAGAAUCACAGUCACACAUAAAGGAAAGGAGUCAACUUUGCUACAGCUCUCUCUUCUCUUUAACGGCUAUGGACUUCCAUCGAAACAUCGUCGACAAUGAUGCGUGGCAAUGGCAAGAAGAUGAAACUUGCGUGUACAGAGACUACCAUCUUGGUCUACGUCAGAGAUUUUGGGAUGGAAACAACCAAAAAACUGAUAGUUUGUCAUAUGCCAUGCCGAAUCAAACCCCCAUUCCAAAUUCCACUGGUCUUGGCUUAGACAUAUCGGAUUUAAGAGAUAAGGCUAAGAAGAAUCUCCGGGAAGAGAAAGAGGAACCGCGAUUGAAGAGACGUCGGGCCUUAUUUACUUGUGAUGCUGAUGCAGAGAACUCAGCUCCAAUGGAUACUUGGUCAGAAAAUUUAGACUGGAAUCCAACAAGUUCAGAUGAAGGUUUUCUGUUCAGCAAUGAAGUCUUGGAUCAACCAUUGGAUGAGUGGCUGGACAACUAUUUAAAUGAUAGUGAGAUGUCGUCCAGUAAAAGCGAACAAAUUAAACCAAUUAUCGAUGUUUCAGAUUUCCUCAAUGGAGAACCUGAUACAGUGACCACUGCCUUUCCAAAACCCAUCAACUCUGCUACUCUUAAGAUUUCCAGAGGUGUAAUAUCCCCUACAAAUUAUAAAACAAGGUUAUCUUCCUCUGUUGCCAUUCCCUUUACCUUCAUCAAACCAUGCGAAGCUAGAGGACACUCGACUUUGGAAGACAUAAACCAACGGAUUCAUGCUCCACCAAUGAAACCAAGAAUUGAGAUGCACAAUGACACUGCUGUCGGAUAUUCAACCUCGCCUUUUUCCGGGAAGCCUGUGAUUGUGAAGACCAAGAUUCUAACUGAAGGAGGGAAAGGAAGCAUUACAGUUCUAAGAACCAAAGGCUGAAUAGAUAGAUGGCUUCUCCCUUUUUUCUAAGAUAGCACUGUGCACAUUGAAUCUUUUUAGUUUUACUACUUAUUUACAGUGGGAAAUCUUAGAAUUUCACAGGGCUAUUCUCUUUCGAUCCCAUCUGCUUGAUUGGUCAAGAUUUGUGUACAUAGGACUUUGUGAUUUUUCUUUAGAGGCAAAAUGAGGAUGACCUUGGAGUUUA